AUGUCGACGUGCUUCCGAUCGAUCCCAUGGGGAUCACUGAAUGCAGCAGUGAUAUCGAUCGUAGGAUGUCUGGCAUUCUCGAUACUGUUCGAUGGAGCCAUGGAAGGCUUCUCAAUGCAGGUAUCUAUAACCACACCUAUUCAUGUUACAACUUUACCUUUUACAGAUGUCACUAAUCGUCCUCUGACAAUUGUUCAAGGAUAUCAGGAAUUUUUUAUAAAGCGAAAUUGUUUUCAGGUUAAUACUCUCUUUCCUCUUGGCUCAUUCACAUUCCGAUGGGUCAUCGUUUGUGUGACAAUAUUCAUCAUAACAAUUUCCAUAUUGUUUCUCCUCAUUGGGGCUGCGUCUACUUCCAAGUUUGUUUCAGCGUCAGUUAAACUGAACAAGAAGCCUGAAUCUAUCGAGAAUCAAUCCCUGCUGUCUCGGAUUGUAACGUCCAGAUGUCUUCUCGGGCUCGUCACAUUAUCGACAAUGGCUUUGGUUUUGAUAUGGGCAUUAAUCGUUUGUACGUGUGCNGCAUUCUACAUCGUCUUCAUCGGCGCAGUUUACUCGUUCUGUGCGCUCGUUGAUCAACAAUGCUUUGAUUUUACAGUCUUGUUACCUGCACUAGUUAAUCGACUCAGCAAACAGAAGGUCGACUUAACUUUCUGUAAGGACAAGAAGGAGGCGUUGUGUGCAAAGGAGCACAAUCAAGUUUGGACAUUCGUUGGCGCAUUUCUGUGCGCAUUAAUGGCUUUGGCUGGACUUGUCUAUUUCUUGAUGUGCAUGACGGCCAAUUAUACAAGGUCUGGAUGA